UUUAAGUGAACGAGGGGCGCCUUGAAACCUCCGUGUUUGUAUCUUGAAAUUGCGAACGGAGUUGAGCACCAUAUUGAAUCAAAGUUGCCAACUCUUUGAAAACAAAUGUUUGGUAACUUUCUAACUUUCUACGUCAGCGGCUUAGCGAGCGGACCCUCCGGCGGCGCUAAUGGACGCGCUUUAGGCGACCGCUUUGCCACUUUUCCGGCGCCUUUCAGUUUUGUUUUCGUACAUGUUCAGCUCAAGCGGCGGCACCGGAGUCGGCGAAACAGCCCAGAAGUUUAAAGCGUGAGGUCCGGGACUCGGACGUGAUGGACAAUCCGUCCUCAAUAAUCACCCAAGUGAGCCGGGAUGACGAGGGAAGUAAAGCCGCGUCAGAGAGGGGCUCUUCUCCCUCCCUGUCAUCUAAGAAGCCGCGAAGCAGAGGCCUGUUCUCCGGCCUGUUCUGCUGCCUCUGCCGGGACCAGCCUGAACCCCUGCCCGUCAACAACAAUGCCCCUCUCUUAGUGGAGGAGAAUGGGACGGUCUCCAAGGUCAAGCCACUGCUGCCUCCAGCCAAGUCAAAAGACGCCGGGAAGAUCUGUGUGGUGAUAGACCUGGACGAGACGUUGGUUCACAGCUCUUUUAAGCCUGUGAACAAUGCAGAUUUCAUCAUUCCCGUGGAAAUAGAUGGAACCGUACACCAGGUGUACGUCCUGAAGCGGCCGCAUGUCGACGAGUUCCUGAAGAGGAUGGGAGAGCUCUUCGAGUGUGUCCUGUUCACUGCCAGUUUAGCAAAGUACGCAGACCCCGUCUCUGACCUCCUGGACAAGUGGGGCGCGUUCCGCUGCCGCCUCUUUAGGGAGUCAUGCGUUUUCCACCGAGGUAAUUAUGUGAAGGACCUGAGUCGUCUGGGUCGUGAUCUCAACAAAGUCAUUAUUGUGGACAACUCCCCCGCCUCCUACAUCUUCCAUCCCGACAACGCAGUUCCCGUUGCUUCUUGGUUCGACGACAUGUCCGACACCGAGCUGCUCGACCUCAUCCCGUUCUUCGAGAGGCUGAGCAAAGUGGACAACGUCUACACAGUCCUCAAGCAACAAGGGACUCCGAGCUAACGGCGCUGAAGGUCCUUCACCUCAACGCCGUGGAAACAAAACGCCGUAGAAACAAAACAGAAAGAGAGAGAGAGAAAAAAAAAGAAAAGCCGAACACACCAGCGAGGCCGGAGCUCCACCUAUCACUGCCCGCCAGAACACAACGCUGCUUCACAGCCGACAGAGCCUUCACCCUCCCAGUAUACAACCAGCUUCCUGACCUGCGCUGCCAUCUUCUGGUCAAACACAGACAGGAUGAAUGAAUGUUUAAUGACAUUUCCACAGUGUAGGCCACGAAUCCUCCGGAUUCCACCUGGGUACUGGACGCCGAUUUCUCCCUGGGACGCUCCUUUAAACUGAUUUGAAAGGAGUUUUUUUUGAAAGGUUUACAUAAAAGUACACAUGUUCCAUCCAAGCAAUGCAGGUCGUUCACGUCUUCUAAGCAUGUUGGACCAGUGUUCAUUUGACCCUCGUUUGUAGCGCUGCUUUGGAGUCAUCAAGGCAGUGUUAUAAAAUAAUCUCGUUCAAAUUAGCUACAGUCAGAGCUGUAAGAGUUUAAAAUAUUAAAACAUAAGUGAUUGGACGGCACUUUACUGUUUGAUGUGUAGUCUAUAGUGCAAACUGAUGGUUUUUGUGCACAAAUGUUUAGAAAAUAGAAUAAAAGUCCAAAUUUGAUAUCUUUACCGUGUAAUUCCCCACCGCUUCAUGCUUUUAAACAGGCUAGAUUUGUUCUGAUUGAACCAGAGAAAGAGCAGCUCUCAUUGGUUGUCGGGUCGAUAAACGCCGUGACCAACUGAGUUCAGAGGACCAGAACUGUCUUCCAAACCCCAACCCCUGGAAACCAGUCACUGUUAAUGGUGCAUCACAACUGUGUCGGAUUUGUUCCUGGCUUUAAAGCCACGCACAAAUCGUGAACUUUUUUUUUUCUUCGUCUUUUUAACUUGGGUUUAACAGACUAUAUUUAAAGUUCUGUUGUAGCGAAACAGUAGGCUUGAGACAUUUACUUGCCUAAGCGGUACUUGUAGCCUGGAGGCAAGUUUGUGACGUAGUCAGAAGAUGCUUGUUUGGGGAGCGUAAAGCCAUCUGUUGCAAUAAAUGGUUUGAUUCAGUCCAGAUUUAAGGGAUAAAUCCACCUUGAAGCCGUUCAACACUAUUGGUUCUGUUACUUGGCCGCAGUUCUUCAUCUCCUGGACAUAAAUGGAUGUAAUAUUAACUCUGUAAUGUAGCGCAGCCAUGUUCUAACAUUCUUUGAAUUUGAAAUAUAAUCACAGAAAAUAACAACAACGGCAUUGUGGGAAGUGUAGGAAAUCACUGUGUACACAAUUGCUGACAAGGUAGAGCUGAUUUAAGGCUGGAAUGUGCAUCUUUUUUUUUUUUUCCAAUCUCAGCUUCUCGGAGAUCAGUUUCCUGGUCUGUUGAGGCGAAGAGCAACACGGUCUCCCAACAAUCCACUGUUCCACGUUUGCGAUGACAAUGGCCUGUAUUGACACUGAUGAAUGAAAACGGUGGGUUAGACUAUGAGCCUGGGGUAGCAGGCUUUGAACGGGGCAGGGAGAUUAAGAGCUAUUGAAUUAUUUUUAUAUGUGAAAAAAAAAACACACAAAAAAGAAACAACUUUUCAAUCAAGUUAGCUUGUUGUUUUUGAAUACUUACCUAUUUUUAUUUCUUAUUUCACCAAGGAGUGGUCAUCUGAUAUAAUAUUUAUAGUGUGUUUUCCAAUCAGCUCUUUUUUUUUUUUCUAUGCAAGACUUGGUUGGAUACCUCAUAUAUUGGUAGAAUAUGGAUCAGAACCGCCCACAGAUAACUGAAAAUAUAGUACCUUACUGUUUUAGGCACAUAACAGGGUAACUGUUUUAAAAUGUGUUUUCCGUGUAAGCCAUUGUCACGUGUGUUAGAUUGAGAAAUGACGCUAUUUUCAAUUCAUUGGCAAAGUAUUUAUAGGAACAUGAAGUCGUUUAGUCAUCUGAUUACAUUUAUGAGUACUGCGUCACCAUGGGGCCCAUUUGCUGAUACUGUACUUCUUACACAUUAAUAGAUAUGUAUAUGUUGUUUUGCACAGUAAUAAAGCAAACAAAUUUCAUUAAUAUAUAUGGAAUAUUCAUUUUACUGUACUCAUGAUUUAAUAAAUGUAACCUAAUUUUUGACUUUUGUUGUUUUCUCAUGCCAAAUAAUGUAUGCCUGUAUGUAAUAUUGCCAUCUCUCUCUCUCUCUCUUUAUCUUCCAUAAAUGCUCAUUGCAAGAUGGUCCAAGUC